UCACAGCGCUGUUCCCUCCCUCCGCUGCUCGCUCCUCCGGUUCACUUCCUGUGUGGCGGUAAAGCGUGCUGCAGCUUCUGAGCCUUUCCAACGUUUUCGUGACGAAAAUACAACAAACUCUUCAUUUAUAACCUGAUAUAUUUAACCCGAGAUGAGUUUACCUCUGAACCCGAAGCCGUUCCUGAACGGCCUGACCGGGAAGCCGGUCAUGGUGAAGCUGAAGUGGGGGAUGGAGUAUAAAGGCUACCUGGUGUCUGUGGAUGGCUACAUGAACAUGCAGCUGGCGAACACGGAGGAGUACGUGGACGGAGCGCUGGCAGGACAUCUGGGUGAAGUGCUGAUCAGGUGUAACAACGUUCUGUACAUCCGGGGUGUGGAGGAGGAGGAAGAGGAUGGAGAAAUGAGAGAGUGAUGAAGACUGCCCGUCCUGGUGUUUCUUCAUGUGUGUGUAUCUCUGUGUGUGUGAAUGAGUGUGUGUGUUCACCAUGUGAAACUGUGGGGGGAGGGUUAGGUUUGUUAUUCCAGCAGCUUUCAGGCGAUUCCUUUUGUUUUUUACUGGCUGUGUCGAUGCCGUCACAAAUAAAAGUCAUUAUUGUAAACUUU